AUGGCUCUGAAAAGAAUCCACAAGGAAUUGAAUGACUUCGCACGGGAUCCCCCCGCCCAGUGUUCAGCUGGACCAGUUGGAGAUGACAGUUUUCACUGGCAAGCCACAAUAAUGGGGCCUGGUGACAGUCCUUACCAAGGCGGGGUUUUCUUCUUGACCAUCCACUUCCCCACAGACUACCCCUUCAAACCACCAAAGGUUUCAUUUACAACAAGAAUCUACCAUCCAAAUAUUAACAGCAACGGCAGCAUUUGUCUUGACAUCCUGCGAUCACAAUGGUCUCCAGCCCUCACCAUCUCCAAAGUUCUGCUCUCCAUCUGCUCUCUGCUGUGCGACCCAAACCCAGAUGACCCCUUAGUACCCGAGAUCGCCCGUAUCUACAAGACGGACAGGGAAAAGUACAACAAAAUAGCCCGGGAAUGGACACAAAAGUAUGCAAUGUAG